AUGAGUCUACAAGCGCAGUCUUCAGCUCUUGUGAUGGUGCUGUUGGUGCUGUUGCUGAUCAAAAUAGAGGGAAAUUCAACACCACAAGAAGUGCAUGAAAAUGGCACUAACUCAACAUCGUUGAUGGAGAACGAUGAUAACCAAAUCACUGGAUGUGCGGGAAGACCAUUGAUAUGUAGCAGAGGAGAGUUUCCACCAAGGUCCAUGUGUUGUGGAGACCGUUGUGUGGACGUGACUUCAGACAAUGAAAACUGUGGGGCAUGUAACUUUAGGUGCCUGUUCAAUCGUCAAUGCUGCAACCGUUUCUGCGUAAACACAAAUCUGAACAUUUUCAACUGUGGGAGCUGUGGAAGAGUAUGCCCCCUUGGACGGUUAUGCAUAUUUGGAUUAUGUGCCUUUGAGCAAGCAGUGCCUGUACCAGUACCAGUACCAGUGCCAGUGCCAGUACCAGUGUUACCAUCACCAGUAGUGCCAGUGCCACCAUCACCAGUGCCUGUGGUGGUGUCACCAUCACCAACGCCAGUGUCAUUGUCACCAUCACCUUCUCCAGUGCCUCCAGUGGGCUCACCAAAGCCACUGGACAACCAGCCUCAUUAUACCGAAGAGACACCUGCAGUGGAUUAA